AUGCCGGCCGGGCUGCCCUGGCCCGCGGCGCCGCUCGCCCUGGCGCUGCUGCUCGCCCUGGCGCUGCUGCUCGCCCUGUGCCGGCCCCUGUGGGCGCUGCGCUGGAGCCUGAGCAGGGACCACGGCUGUGCCCUGCCCCUGCCCCGCGGCUCCAUGGGGUGGCCCUUCUUCGGAGAGACCCUGCACUGGCUGCUGCAGGGCUCCCGCUUCCACAGCUCGCGGCGGGAGCGCUACGGCAACGUCUUCAAGACCCAUCUGCUGGGCCGCCCCGUGGUGCGGGUGACGGGCGCCGAGAACAUCCGCAAGAUCCUGCUGGGUGAGCACACUCUGGUCAGCGCCCAGUGGCCACGCAGCACCCAGAUCAUCCUGGGCUCCCACACGCUGCUCAGCUCCAUCGGGGACCUGCACCAGCAGCACCGCAAGAUCCUGGCGAGAGUGUUCAGCCGUGCCGCCCUGGAGAGCUACCUCCCGCGGAUCCAGAAGGUUGUGAGCUGGGAGCUGCGGGGCUGGUGCAUGGAGCCGGGCUCCAUCGCAGUUUAUUCCUCCGCUAAAACCUUAACUUUCCGCAUUGCAGCUCAGAUUCUGCUGGGACUCCGUCUGGAAGAAAAAAAGUUCAAGGAGCUGGCCAAAACCUUUGACCAGAUGGUGGAGAACCUCUUUUCCCUGCCCCUGAACAUACCCUUCAGUGGGCUGCGCAAGGGAAUCAAAGCACGGGACAUGCUGCACAAGUACAUGGAGGGGGCUAUACAGGAGAAACUGCAGAGAAACAACUCAGAAGAUGAUAGCGAUGCUCUGGAUUUCAUAAUAAACAGUGCCAAGGAGCACGGCAAAGAAUUCACGAUGCAGGAGCUAAAGGAGUCAGCGAUCGAGCUCAUCUUUGCUGCUUUCUUCACCACGGCCAGUGCCAGCACCUCGCUGAUCCUCCUGUUGUUGCAGCACCCCUGGGCGAUUGAGAAGAUCAGGCAGGAGCUGGUGUCACAUGAGCUGCACCGGCUGUGCCCAGGCUGUGUCCACACGGGACCCUGCCCCAGCCCCCUGGGUGCUCGGGGCCGCCCCGGGGAGAAGCGGUCGCUCCUCGAUACGGCUGACGAUGCUUGCGAGGAGCCGAGGUGGCCGCCAGGCGCAGUGGGGGACGAGGAGCCCGGGGGCAGCCGCUUGCAGGAGCCGCCUGCCGUGCAGGCGCCCGGCUCUUCCCUGAGCGGUGCAGAGCCCGCGGAGGCGCCGGGGCUGCACUGCCACGGCACGGUAGCCAUCAGCCUGGAGAAGCUGGGCCGCCUGCGCUACCUGGACGGUGUCAUCAAAGAGGUGCUGCGGCUGCUGCCCCCCGUCUCGGGGGGCUACAGGACGGCGCUGCAGACCUUCGAGCUGGACGGCUGCCAGAUCCCCAAAGGCUGGAGCGUGAUGUACAGCAUCCGUGACACCCACGAGACGGCCGCCGUCUACCAGAGCCCCCUCAGCAGCUUCGACCCCGAGCGCUUUGGCGCUGCCCGGCUGGAGGCUGCCGGCCGCUUCCACUACGUGCCCUUCGGCGGCGGGGCGCGCAGCUGCAUUGGCCAGGAGCUGGCGCGGGCCAUCCUCAAGCUGCUGGCCAUCGAGCUGGUGAGCACAGCUCGCUGGGAGCUGGCCACCCCCGGCUACCCCGCCAUGCGCACCGUGCCCAUCGUGCACCCCGCCGGCGACGGGCUGCACCUCCACUUUUGGCCCUUGCAGCCCGCCUGCUGCAGCGAGGACUGA